AUGCCUACCAUCCCCGAGGACGAAGCCAUGGACAACUUCGUCGACUGGGACCAAGCAGAGCCCCCCGUUGGGGCUGCCGCCGCCUUUGACCUCACCAUGGACCCGCAGCUUCCGCUGGCUGCACUUGACGGCGGCCCGGACGACAUCAAUCUGGCUCUCGCCAACGUCACUGGAGACGACUUCUCCUUCUGGGCUCUCGAGCACUACGAGACCAACAUGCAGCCCCUGAAUGAUAACAGCAACAGCAACACCGAUAUCUCCGCUCUCAAUCCCCUUCUGGACAACGCUCCCGAGCGGGAGGAUUCCCUCGCUGCCAUGGAUUGGUACGCUUCCGGGGUCCCGUGUGCUCACUGCCAGGCGGGAGGUUUCUCUUGCAAGACCAUCAGAGAAGGUCGCUACAAGGGCUACUGCACAAGCUGCGUCGCUCUCCGCUGCCAUUGUAGUUUUGGACCCGCCGCUACCAGCGGGCGUGAGGAGUCCAACGCCUUUCCCUUCAACCCCUGGCCGACUCUAGGAGACCAUCCGAACCCCGUCAUGCCCACUCUGGGUCUGGGAUUCCGUCCCGAUGGCUCGGCCCCGUUCGAUGAGAGCAUCCACGUCAUGUCCAACAGGUCUUCCGUCUCUGAACUCAGAGGUCUUACUGCUACCAGCGGCGAGCAGACCCCGGCAGACAAGAACCCGCCCAAGGUCGGCGCCCGCUUCUCACGAGAGUCUGUCCGGAUCCUCAAGAAUUGGCUCUCGACUCAUGGAAGACACCCUUAUCCCACUGACGAGGAGAAAGAGAGACUUCAGCAGAUGACUGGUCUCAACAAAACGCAGAUCACAAACUGGCUUGCCAAUGCUCGCCGUCGUGGCAAGAUCCAGGCUCCUCGAUCCACCUCGCCUCACGUCAGGAGCUUCUCGGGCGCCAUUGAUAUCCCGCCCCGGCCUGGCACUCCCUCCGUCCGUGACAGUGGUUUCAGGCGAGGCACACCCAUCCCCUUUGAGAGCAUGAACCCCCUGCAAAGAUGGGCCAACUCGCCCCCAGAAAACGAACCGGCUUCCGUCUCCGAUAUUGCUCGUGCCGUCGGCGCCUCGUCCUCGUCGGCCCUGUCUUCCGGCCUGAACAGCCCCUACAGUUUCCGGUUCACUGACGACGGCUCUGGCCGGUCUCUCUGCAACCAGUCGUCAGCUAGCAGUUUGGGAACGUCUCAUUCCAGUGGUGGCUCCUUUGCGUCUGCAUACUCUCAUGCUUCCCGAGGCUCCUUUGGCUCCUUCGGCUCCAUGGGAAACCGAGGACGUAGGAGAAGGAGAAGGCGGGCUACGCCCAAGAGGCCUGAAGAUGGCACUACUGCCCUCAUUCCACAGACCAAGACCUACCAAUGUACUUUCUGUACCGAAACCUUCCGAACAAAGCAUGACUGGCAGCGGCACGAGAAGUCCCUGCACUUGUCUCUGGAGCGAUGGGUGUGCGCGCCCAAAGGCGCAACUGUUGUGAACCCGGAAACAAACUUGGUCUCCUGUGUCUUUUGCGGACACGCCAAUCCCGACGAGGCUCAUCUCGAAGCGCACAACUGCUCCGCAUGCCAGGAAAAGAACCUGGACGAGAGGACCUUCUAUCGCAAGGAUCAUCUGCGUCAGCAUCUCAAACUUGUGCACAAUGUCAAGUUCCUCAACUGGGCUAUGGACCCCUGGAAGAUUGCCACGCCGGAAAUCCGGUCUCGCUGUGGUUUCUGUGGUAUCGUCAUGGAUACCUGGACUAUCAGAAUCGACCAUCUCGCAGAGCACUUCAAGACCGGUAAUACCAUGGCGGACUGGAAGGGUGACUGGGGUUUCGACGCUCCGGUGCUGCAAAUGGUCGAGAACUCUAUUCCUCCAUAUUUGAUUCACGAUGAACGAAAUAGCCCUCUUCCUUUCACGGCGGACCACCGCUCUCCCGAGACGCCGAGGAAUGCCUACGACCUGCUCAAGUGGGAACUCAUGUUCUGGCUUGUCGGUAAGCGUGAGGAGCUUGGACGGGAUCCCACGGACGAAGAAACACAAUUCGAGGCUUGCCGGAUUAUCUUUGGCUCAGAGAUCCUCUCCACAAACCAUUCUGCAACCCCUGCGCCAUCCUGGCUCCGGGAUCUGGUCUUGUCUUCUGAGCAAAUCAAGCUGCAAGCUCAGCUUGGCGACAUCCGCAGGCAAAGCGAGAACCGCAUGUCCAUCAUGAAGAUCAAUGGCAAGGACAAUCUCUUCGAAGGCUGUCCCAUGGAAUGCGAGCUGCACGAAUACGUCAAGGCCAGACGGUUCCUCGGCUUAACCGCAACGGACAGCGAGCUGCAGGCGGAGGCUUGCAAGAUCAUCAGUCGGAUGGAGGAAUCUUCCAGCAGCCCGUCAGAUUUCGUUGCCAACUUCUUGGUCCGUCUGAUCUACAACCACAAGCUGUGGCUCGCCGACUUUAGGCAGAGAGCCCAGCUGGCUCGUUCUGAAGACAUGUUCGAUGAGGGUGUGCGGUCCAAGGACCCCAAGACCAUCGAUUCCACCAUCCACAGUUUCAGUAGGCUCGAGAACGAUCUGGCCGACUUUGUCAAGUCACAGCGAGCUCUGGGCAUCGAGCCUGAUGAUGCUAGUCUGCAGAGGCAGGCGAGGAUCAUCAUCUACGAGUUCGACGACGGAUGGAACCAGACUGCCGCCGACAAUGCGGAGUGGCUGGCUGCCUUUCGGGCUCGACAUGUCGACCAGAAUAGCCCUGCGGCUCAAUCCUCCGAUACCACGCUAGCGGCUGGCACAGUCACCCCUGAGUCUUCAUCGAGCAUGCAGUUGGCCAUGAUCAGCACUGCAGGUCUGUCUGAUGCCUAUACGGCCGGUGCGGCGCCCACGAUGGGUCUCUCAUGCCGCAACUCCUCGCUGAGGACGUCGCCUUUCUUCCUAAACGAUGCCAACUGCUACCGCAGACUGGCCAAGGAACUGACCAGAUUCGUCGCGUCUACUACAUCGCCCAACAACCCCAACUCCCACGUCCCUAGUGACGAGGAGCUACAGCACCAAGCACGCUGGAUUCUUUAUGAUAGCGACGAUCCAUGGAACCAGACAGCCGCGGACAACGCCGAAUGGCUUCGCCGCUUCAAGCGUGACGUGGGCAUCCUGCCACCCGAGGAAGGCCCUGGCCUGCCUGUGGCCAACGGAUCGUGGGCCAUCUCGCAGGGCGGCUCGGGUUUCGCGCCUCCAUACGCCUUCCCCAAGGCCUCGAUGGCGCCGUUUGGCGAUGACGUGCAGCUCGAGCUUUGCGGCGCCGCCAAGACGUACGCCGCCGACUCGAGCACGGUCAACAAGUUUCUGCAGUCGCUCACGACGCGCUACUCGGCGCCCGCGACGGUGUUCUGCUCGCGAGAGCUCGAGAAGGCGCUCAUUGACUACGUCAUCGCUGAGACGGCGGCGGGAGGCGCCUCGGCUGUCGCCAAGGGCGCGCUGUUCCCCUCGGAUGCGCAGCUCAAGGCCAAGGCGUGCGAAGUCAUGGGCACGGCGACGACGCCGGCUGACGACGAGGUCCUGCUGGCCAAGUUCAAGGACAUGGUGCGCGACAAGUGCGGGAUCCAGGCCUCGACGAUGACACCCCCUGCGGCGGCAGCAGCUGCUGCUGGUAGCAACGAGCUUGACUUUACGGGGGUGGAUUUGGGCGUCGACAUCCCCGAGCACGAGUUGAAUGAUAUCCUGAUGGACAUGAAUUUUGAUUUUGGCGAGGGCGCUGACUUGGGCGGCGGCGGUGCGCCGCUCGUUUAA